CCCUAUGCGCGCGCGCGCCUUGGCCACUACUGUGUGUGUCGUCAAGCAGCUGUCGCCUUUCUCCGCCAUUUCCAUCUCUCACCCCGGCCGGUCUCACGCUUGCGACUUUCUGCAUGGGUUUUGAGCAGGGAGAUGGUUUCGGGCGUCGUUGAAGAGCGAAAGCGCUUGUCGAGAAGAUGAGCAGCCUUAGCGCCUCGGACGUGGCCGAUCUCAAUCGCCUUGUCGAGGCGAAGACCAAGAUCCAGGACCACUUCGAUGCUCUCUCCUCGCUGCCCCCCAUUGCCGUCUUCGAUGAUCUGGAACAACCUCCACCGGACUCGGCGGGAGAGGGCACGAGCUGGUUCUUACUGCCGCAGAGAGUCGAAAAGCUCGAGGCGUGGGAGGAAGAUCUCGAUUCGAUGGAGGCGUCGGCGCAAAGCUUUGAUCUCGGAGAGGUCGAGAGGUUGAGGGGCCUGGCCAAGGGUGAGCUGACCACACACAUCGAAUUUCCAGCUAUCUCUCAUCCGCCCCGCUCUUCCACAGCCGCGUCCGAGAGGCACAUGUCUUCGCAGGACACAGACCUUAUCGAGUUAGCCGUAGGCACCCUCGUGGCCCUCGACAAGCUCACCAAAAAGAUGCACUUGCGACGGCAGCAGCUGGACCUGCUGGCAUCUAGGAUUCAAUGGGACCUGUGCCGGAAAAAAUGCUGGCAGACGUUUUCUCCGCUGGCAAGUGAUGUCGCCGACUUUGUCGAGAACAAGGCGAGGUGGUCGACAUCAAUCUACCACAGUAAAGCAACGACAACAGAUGCCAAUGGCACAACGUCAAGCACAAAGGCUCACCGGAGCGCUCGUCAACUGACGGAGGACAUGAGGCGAGAGGCUACGCAGCUCAACGACCGCGUUCGGCUCUUCUGCACAAAGCUGGUGCCAGACUGCAGCGAAAGGUUAGACCAACUGAUCGAGCAAUGCCAAGUCCCCGAGUCGUUCCUCGAUGAACAGGACCGCAUCGACGACCUUGGCUCGGUGCUCAAGGUCCGUGGCAAGGUUCUGCUGGAGGUAGCUGCCCAAUGGGUAAGGAUCGACGAGUUGUUUCGAACCCUCCAUACGCUUCAUCUCGACGCAAAGGAGCUGGCAUCCACCGUCAAGGCUAACGACCUUGGUUCUGACGACCGCUCUUCCUUCUCAAGGCGGCUGAGAAAGCUCGUCAGCUACCUCGAACGGCUCUGCGGGCCAAGUACGACGAAAGCUUUUCUCAGCGAGGGUUCAGUGUCGUCGCGGUCUUUAAUGAGGUCGAUGGAGCACCACAUACCACAGCCGAAAUGCAAGGAUUACCCUUUUCUCGACAGCCACAAUGAAGAGGUUAAAAGAGCCAUUGGCAAGGAGCUCGGUGCAGCUGCAAAUCAUAUCCGCUCUGUAAACGAUCUUUGCAGGAAAGACGAUGACCGCGGUGUCCGGCUGCCGUCUCAAAGUUCGGACCAGGCGGACGCCUCUUCCGAAGCCACCCACAGUCGUACGACCUCUCUGAUCAGCAACAAUGAAGACGGACCCUCUCCAAGCAGCAUGCCAAAGGGAACAUCCGCAGAGGAUGAUGAUGUGUUCGGUUCGCAUACAAGGCUCCCCUCAUACUCACCAGUCGACACGCGCCGCAGCGAUGUAAACCAUUCACCCGCCAAGGAACGCAUCUUUGCCCUCACAGCGCAAUGCUCGACGGGCCACAUCGAAGAGCAGACUGAGAUUGAUGGCCUCCGUCAACUGCAAAGCUUGUUACCGCUCCCUACGCAAGGCCAAGCCGACGAGGUGGCAAGAGUGUGGAAGGCGGAUAAAGAAGCCGCUGAAGCUUUUCUGUCGCUCGAGAUAUCAGAGGGUUUGGCAAAGGACGUCGCUGCUCUUCGCGAUGCGAUGCGGAAGAGGGACUCGCGCCUUUUAAGAUUCCGCCUCUUGGCAGCCUUUGUGACCCGCUGCGAGCACGUACAGACAAGCCAGAGCUCGCUCUUGAAUCUUCUCGACCGCUUGCAGGGCAUCACUUCGUCAGCAUACGACACCAACGAGGACUCGGAGCAGGGAAAGGCGGUCACCGUGAAAGGAAGAGAGACCCCUACGUGCCGAAGCCACAAAGAGGAAGACAAAGCACGAAUCACCAAAGAGCUUCUCGACCUGUCGAGUCUGGUUGAGGCGGCCAGUGCUGCCGCAGAUCCCGUAAGCCAAGACAAGAGGGUGCGAGACGAGCUGGCAAAGGUGCGGCGGUCAACAAAGGACCUGACAGCCAUGGCGCGAGAGAUACUCGCGCCUCCUGGUCCCCAGCUUGCUGUGAGCGAGGACGAGGCCAGAGAGUCGUCGUCAUCGGCUCCCUCGACCGCCACAUCGAUUGCACCUUCGAGUGAAUCGGAGUCCGAGUCCGAAGCCAAUGGGGUGGCAACGUUGCGUGUAGAUGACCACGAGUCUCUGACGCCGCUGCAGAUUCAGCCUCCAUGCAGCAACAAGAUUGGAAGAGAGCAUCCUGCCGGGCUGCAGUUGACGCCCAGGAAAGCUGUUGAUGCCUCGGUGCGCAUAUCGACCAGAUCUUUCUCGGAGGGAACGCCGCGUGCCUUUCCACAAAGUCCUCUUGUCACGCCUCGCCAGUCUAGGGUCCGACAGAAGAGCACCAGGAGCUCUCCGCACCAGUCGUCUUCACGUAUCCCCGUCCUCUCUCCAUCAAAGUCGGCGUCGUCGAUUCUACCUUCGGGUGGCCGCACGCCAUUACAGAGACACCCGAAUCGAUACCGCGCCAACCCAAAGAGCAAGCUCGAUGUGGCCGUGAGCAAAGUUGUCAAUCACUUGCCGAUACCUGUUCAGGUUUCGCACGCCUCAGGUGAAUGGCGCGACGAGUCGGGAAGGUACUGGGUGGGAUCAAAGCUGUGCUUCUGCCGGAUUCUCCGCUCACGUACCGUCAUGGUCCGCGUUGGCGGCGGCUGGCAGGAGCUGAGCAGUUACAUCGGCCAGCACUAUGCCCACUUGGGUGGCAAUACGUCCAUAGCCAUCACUGAGAGCCCCAAGGGCCAAUUUAGAGGCCCGACGGACGAGGACAAGCUCCCCUGGAUCAGCUCUGCGACCAUCAGUCCAAAGGCUAGCCCGUCGACGAGCCCAGCUGCCAUGUCUUUUCUCAGAUCGGCGACUGAUGCGGACCUGCAGAGGAGCCCGCUGCUGCGCAAGAAAACAUCGAGCUUUUCAUCGACAUUAUCUUCGACUUCGCCGUUGCGGCCAAGAAGGGUGAGCGCUGCCACACCAUCUAGCCCAUUCUCACGCAAGGCGUCAGAUGGCAUUAUGCCUUCACUGGAUCUCUUUUCGUCUCCUCUGCUACCCAGCUGGCCCUCGACGCCGGCAUCAGAGGCAAAAGACCACUCGUUGUGGGUUCGCAGAGAUGGGAGCGGGGCCGACGGCAGCGUGGCACUGAGCAAAGCGUCGACGCCGCGAUCGCGCACAUCGAGCCGCGUCUCGCCUCCUACCCUCAAAGUAUGGCGUCCGUGAGGGUCAACUUCUCUUCCCCUCUGGUUCACUUAAACAAGCAGCAUCCAAUUGUAUGAUAGUCAACAAUUCUCAAGCCCUAGCAAAAUACAGAGCCCAUGUACAACUGUGAAGAUCCGUUGACAAUUGUGACUAGGCUUUCCAGC